AUGUAUCCAUUAAUACAUAUAAUACAUAAAGGCUUCCUUCAUGUAUUAUACAAAGUCGAAUUGAUCUCAUAUAAAUAUGGGUAUGGACGUUUAAUUAUUAGGUUAAACAACAAGUUGGCAAGUAAUGGUGAUAAGAAACUAGCACCCCAAAUCAAUACACACAAAUUACCAUUAUAUCAAGGUUUGUCAAAUUUUAAUAUUGUGGAAGAUUCAGUUCCUGAUCUAUAUCAAAUUGAGAAUUCCAAUCAUUCACUAUUUAUUGAAUUAAUUGAUUUAAUUAAAUCAAAUAACAAUAAUAACAUCAAAUAA